GCCAUCGCCGACGACAACACACACCCAAAAAACAUAUACAGCAUAUAUACCAGCUGCAAGCUCCUGUAGCUCGCAGUAUUUGUUCUCACUGCUGUCUAGCUCAAUCCCCAGCACAAUAUAGCUAGCUAGCAAUUCGAUCCAAUUAAGCAAAUCGUCAGAAAUGGCCAACGAUUCAUUGGCUACAGGGCGUGUGAUCGGAGAUGUCCUGGAUCCCUUCAUCAGCACCGUCGAUCUCACCGUCAUGUAUGGUGAUGAUGGCAUGCCGGUCAUAAGCGGCGUGGAGCUUCGCGCACCGGCGGUCGCGGAGAAACCGGUGGUCGAAGUCGGGGGAGACGAUCUUCGCGUCGCAUAUACUCUGGUGAUGGUUGAUCCUGAUGCACCUAACCCUAGCAAUCCAACUCUGAGGGAAUACCUCCACUGGAUGGUGACUGACAUCCCGGCUUCAACCGAUGCUACAUAUGGGAGGGAGGUGGUGUGCUACGAGAGCCCGAACCCGACGACGGGGAUCCACAGGAUGGUGCUGGUGCUGUUCCGGCAGCUGGGGAGGGAGACGGUGUACGCGCCGGCGGUGCGCCACAACUUCACCACCCGCGCCUUCGCCCGCCGCUACAACCUCGGCGCGCCCGUCGCCGCCGUCUACUUCAACUGCCAGCGCCAGGCCGGCUCCGGCGGCCGGAGGUUCACCGGACCUUACACCUCCCGCCGCCGCCAAGCCUAAUUAAUCAAGCUCUAUAGCUUAAUUAGCUAUAUUACAUGCAUUUAUAAUUUGCAUGCAGUAUCUAUAUUAUAUAGAUCAAUGUGGUCAACGAUCGAAUAAAAACGUAGCAUAUGAUGAUAUAUAUAUGUACUUAUAUAUCUAUAUGUAUAUGCUGCAUGCUUUAAGUUUAAUUUGUAGCUAGAGCUAGCUGCAAUAUUAUCCCUGUUGUGCUUGGUGUAGUUUAUAUAUA